ACUAGUAUACCUACGACGGCGACGGGCAGAGAACGCGAAAACCAAUUGUUUUCACGACGCAACCAGCAUCGCGCACGCACAAACACGCGUAUACUUCAAUUCGCGUUCAUACAGCACACAGGAAAAUAAUAUUAUAUAUAGAUAGGCGAGACGACGAACGGUGGCGGCACUAUAUAGCACUGGUGCGGCGGCGUUAAGAAGAGAGGCAGAGACUCAGAGAGUAGGCGGCGCAGCGGCGGCCAGGGAAAAACACAAUGGGCAAGAAGUAUAUGUAUAGGCCUGUGGAUCACCGUGUGCUAAAGAAGUUUUCUGCGAGUUUGAGGGUUCGCUGUGGCAGUAGAGAUUUUGGAGCUUUGAUCAAGCACUAAUUAAUUCCGAAAAUGCUGAACCUGAUCCUGCGACCCAUCGCACGCCGUGCCAUCCAAAAAGGUGCUCAACAAACUCGUCUUGCUCAUCAUGAGAGCAACUUCAAGUAUGUGACUCUCGACGAAGCAUGCCAUCCACUGGGUCCAUGGAAGGAGAACUUUGAGAAGCAGCAGAGAAAGUACAAUGCGCACCUUGUCAUUGGUUUAACUAUGUUUAUUGGAACCUGUGUAGCUAUCAACAGGUUUGAACUCUUAUUCUUCAACUAUGCUCCUCCCACACCAAAGCAGUAAAUAACAAUACACAGUAUCAAUAGCCAAAAUUUCAUAGAUAUGAAACAAGAUGUUGUCAUUAAGUGAUACAUACAAUUACUGUUGCAUCUUGAAAAUAAGCUGGAAAUUCUGGCUUUAUAAUGUACAUCUUAUAAUUAAUAAAAGUUAUUUGUAAAAUAAAUAAUUGUUAUUAAA